GUUACGUUGGAAGGACACACAGGUCUAAUAGUAGUGCCAUACGACUUCUAAGUUACUAUUAUUCUUGUGCUAGCUUAACUUAGUGGUCCUGUUGCUUAACGUUACAGCGAGCCUCGUCUAGUGAAAAUACGCGCUUUUGUGAGUGGAUAAGAGUGGUAUCUGUAUGAUAUUUUAAAACAAAAUCAAACCAAUGUAAUGCCAUCGAAAAUUAACCACCUUUAUCAGUAAAUGUAAAGUUUUAGGGUUUGGCGUUGGUUGCUAGGAAACAGAAUAGGCGGAAACCGAUGCGGUUCUCCUUUGUUGUGCCCGGACGUUUUAUUCGGUUGCAGAGCAUGCCCUUGACUUCCUACGAGAGGUGAUAGCGGAUAAGUAAACGCAGGCACCUGGGAGGUCACUAAAAUUUCUGAAUUGACGGGGAAAUUUCUCGCCAUGGGGUUCGUACCAGACGAGGCAAAGUCUCUCCCUCCCCCGGGAGUCGUCAACAGGAACUCGGUGUGGCUGGCCGGUGUAGGCUGGUGCUCCGCUUUGCUUCAUAAUGCCAUUAACCACAGGCCGCCGCUAAAAUCAGGUGCUCAUAGACAAGUCCUGCUGGCAACAAUUGGUUGGUUCAUCGGUUACCACCUUACAAAGUAUGAAAAUUACACUUAUGCCAAACUUGAUCGAGAUAUGAAUGAGUAUAUAAGACUCCACCCAGAGGAAUUUGCAGCAAAGGAGAAAAAGACCUUUGCAGAGAUUGUUGAGCCUUUCCAUCCUGUACGUUAAAUGUCGGCGGCUGGUGAGAUGGAAGAGGGGAAGGAAAGAGAAAACAUUUGCAGACUCGAUUGGUCUUUUUGUGAACUCUUUCUGUCAUUUAUUGUGUGAAAUAUAGCUAUGUAAAUAAAGAAAACAACCCACA